AUGGCGCCUUGGGCUGCGUUCCUGAUUAUAGGCUACCACCGCAUGUCUCUGGCCUGGCCCACUGACAGGGAUUUGCCACCAGCUCGCUCUCGCACAGCGGGAGGCCAUGCAGCGAAAACAGCGUGGAAAGCACGAGACGUUCCGCUGACAGUAAUUAUAGCGGCGCUGCAGAAGGACAAUCUGACCACCUUGGGAUUGGACUCUGGGCUCCGCCCUGGCGACGAGCAGAUUGUCUAUGUAGCCGACGAUCCGAACGCAACACACAGCGUCCCAAUGAAUAAAGGAAACGAAGCCAUGGUGUAUCUAUCUUUUCUCAUCGACCGAUACUACUCCUUGCCGGAGGUGAUGGCGUUCAUGCAUGCCGGCCGAACGUCUUACCACAACAACCAGCUUCUCCAUCUCAGUUCCUCCCGGCUCGUUAACAACCUACGUACUCAGUAUGUUCGCGCGAGAGGCUUUGUUAAUCUGGGCUGUGACUGGUCCAGCUACUGCAUCAGGCCUCCCACGGCAUCAGCAUCACCUUUAGUAUCGGCCGACAACGAAAAAGCGGUGGCUGGGAGCUUAUAUCCAAUUUCUGUCCUCACAAGGCAUCCACCAGCCGAUCCGCGCGCGGAGUACUCCACAUUCGCCAUGGUCUGGGCCUCCCUCUUCCCAGGGCAGCCAGUCCCUCCGGUGCUAGGAACUGUACCUGGCGGCCAGUUCGCCCUAUCAAGAGAAGCAGCGCAGCGGGUGCCACUGCGCGAGCUCAAGCGCCUCCGCCAGUGGAUCAUCGAGACCGACUAUCUUACCUCCAAGGAUAUCGGCGCGGUGUUCGAGAUGCUCUGGCAUGUGCUGUUCCUGGGGUGGCGCAAUGCGCUGCUCUGCCCUGCGCAGCACGAUUGCUACUGCGAGCUAUACGGAAUCUGCCUACAUUUGAUCAGUGAUGGUCCGGGACGGCUCUGUGAUAGUGCGAUAGCUGAAGGACGCCGGAGGGAGAAUCUUUUGAAUCGGAUUCAGACUUUGCAGAUUAUUGCCGCGAGACCGCCGUCAGAGCUCCAGGAUACAAUGUUAAGUGAGUAUUCAAAUGGUCGUCUACAGCAUGGGCUUAAGGGGUUUCCCGAAUACCUCGUUGAGUUGCAACGAAAUAUCUCCGCUAUUGAAUCACUUAUUGAUGACAUCGCGGAGAGGGCCACUAUUUCAUGA